AUGGACGAAGUUGGGAUAGAGAUAGACGGCGAAGUGAGCGACAGUGACGACGGCGGCGCCCAGAGGAGGAACAACAGGAGGCAGGCAGCUGGAAGAGGAGGCGCGAAGGGACGAGGCCGAGGCAAGAAACCAGCCAGCGAUGACGAGGACGAAGAUGAAGAGGAGGAAGACGAAGCUCCCAGGGGACGAAGGGGAGCGAACAAGAAGAAACCGGCCAAGAAACGUGGCGGCGACGACGAGGAUGAGAGCGAGGAUGAAGCGCCAAAGAGGAAGAGAGGAGCGACGCUCCGAAAGGAAAGAAAGGAGGAAGAGGAGGAAAGGGAGGAAAGAAGGGAGGGAAGGAGGAAGAGGAUAGUAAGGGUAAGAAGGGGGGAGGAGGAGGAUUCCAUGUCGGAGGGCGAGAUGGCUCGGCUGAUGGAGGAGGUGGAGGAGAAGAAGAAGCUGAUCGCCAACAUCAGAAACAAGCCGUGGAGGAUGAAGCGGAGGCUAACACACCUGAGGGAGGCUCAGGCGUUUGUGGAUAAGUUUGAAGGAGCUUUGGGCAAAGGAAAAGGCAGAAAGUGGUACGCCUACAAAGUGAUGAUGACCAAGAAAUGGAUCAAGUUCCAGAGAGAUUUUGAGAACUUCAGAACAGCUUGUAUCCCCUGGGAGAGGAAGAUCAAAGAGGUGGAAAGCCACUUUGGGUCAUCUGUGGCGUCUUACUUUAUCUUCCUGCGCUGGAUGUAUGGCAUGAACCUCGUCCUGUUUGGUUUUACGUUUGGACUCGUGGUCAUCCCAGAGGUCCUGAUGGGUCUUCCCUAUGGGUCCAUCCCCAGGAAGACGGUACCCAGAGAAGAGCAGGCCACAGCUCAAGACUAUUCUGUCCUCAUGGACUUCAACGGUUACUGCAAAUAUUCAGUCUUGUUCUACGGAUUUUACAACAACCAGAGGACCAUCGGUUUGUUGAAGUUCAGGCUGCCUCUGUCCUACCUCAUGGUCGGGAUUGGUACAUUCGGCUACAGCCUGAUGCUCGUGAUUCGCACAAUGGCCAAGAAUGCUGAUGUUGGUGGCGGAGAUGGAGAUGAAGGAGAGUUCACCUUCGCCUGGAAGAUGUUCACCAGCUGGGAUUACCUCAUCGGCAACUCAGAGACCGCCGACAACAAGUACGCCUCCAUUACCACCAGCUUCAAGGAGUCCAUCGUGGACGAGCAGGAGAACCAGAAGGACGAGAACAUUCACCUACGGAGGUUCCUCAGAGUCCUGGCUAACUUCCUGAUCCUCUGUAGCCUCGGCGGCAGCGGUUACCUCAUCUACUUUGUGGUGAAACGGUCUCAGGAGUUUGCCACCAGGGACGACCUCAGCUGGUACGAGAAGAACGAGUUGGAGCUCAUCAUGUCCCUGCUUGGCCUGGUGUGUCCUCCUCUGUUCGAGACCAUCGCUGAGCUGGAGGACUAUCACCCUCGAAUCGCCCUCAAAUGGCAGCUGGGACGCAUCUUUGCCCUCUUCCUGGGAAACCUCUACACCUUUCUGUUCGCCCUGUUUGAUGAAGUCAACACCAAGCUGGAAGAAGAACAAGCCAUAAAGAACGCCUCCAUCUGGGCCAUGAAGGAGUACUACGCCAACUUCUCACGCAUGACCAACGACAGCGAGGCCACGCCGCCACCCAUGAACCCUGCAGACGUCAUCAGAGGACCCUGCUGGGAGACGGCUGUCGGAAUAGAGUUCGUGAAGCUGACGGUGUCGGACAUCCAGGUGUCCUACCUGACCAUCCUGAUCGGGGACUUUGCCAGAGCCGUCAUCGUCCGAUUCCUCAACUACUGCUGGUGCUGGGACCUGGAGGCUGGAUUUCCAUCGUACGGAGAGUUUGACAUCAGUGGAAACGUCCUCGGACUGGUCUUCAACCAAGGAAUGAUCUGGAUGGGGGCGUUUUAUGCUCCUGGGCUGGUCGGCAUCAACGUCCUCCGCCUGCUCAGCUCCAUGUACUACCAGUGCUGGGCUGUCAUGGCCACCAACGUCCCCCACGAGAGGGUCUUCAAGGCCUCCAAGUCCAACAACUUCUACAUGGGCCUGCUGCUGCUCGUCCUCUUCCUCAGCCUGCUGCCGGUCGUCUACACCAUCAUGACGCUGCCGCCGUCGUUUGACUGCGGACCGUUCAGCGGUAAACCCAAGAUGUUUGACGUGAUCAUGGAGACCAUCGACUUGGACCUGCCCGCCUUCAUGGGGACGCUGUUCAGCUACGCAGCCAAUCCAGGCCUCAUCAUCCCGGCGGUGCUGCUCAUGGUAUUGGCAAUCUAUUAUCUGAACUCAGUGUCUGAAGCCUACAAAAACUCCAACAUGGAGCUGAAGAAGAAGAUGCAGAUGGCUCGAGACGAAGAGAAGAACCGGAGGAACAACACCGACAGCACCAACCAGGUCAUGAAGGACCUGGAGGACCUGCUGCCCAACCGAUCCCUCGCCCCUCCUCCAGAACCGGAAAAACCUCCAGAACCAGAACCAAAGCCGACCAAGACUAAACCCGGAGCGGCCGGUAAAGGCGUGAACCUGGAGAAGGACGUGGCUCUGGCUUCACCCAACCCUCGGGGGCCGGUGAAUCGACCGCCGGGACCGAGAGGACCCGGACCCGGACCCGGACCUGGACCGGGAGCCGGACCGGGUCGAGGCCGAGGGAGAGGGAGAGGGCCUCCUCCCAGAUAA